GGGCAAAUGUUUUGACAGCACGGGAGACCGCUACAACUUUCUUUCGCCUCUCCUAAUUCUCGCCGGAAUCGGACUCUCACAGGACAGCAUAUAAUUUCAGUCUUCUCUAUCGGCCGCCAAAAUCGAGAACGGAACCCAGAAAGAAAAUCCCAGACCAACUUUGUGCUGAUAUUCAGAAGAAAAAAAUCUGAAAAAGGAGGAGGAAGACAAAAGGAUGAAAGGAGGAGGAAGAGCGGGAAAGCAGGGGAAUUACACGAACCCAUGCUUGACGUUGCACCAGCCAUGGGCUUCACUUUUAGUUCAUGGGAUCAAGCGCAUAGAAGGCAGGUCUUGGCCUGCUCCUAUCAGAGGCCGCCUUUGGAUUCAUGCGGCCAGCAAAGUACCAGAUGAAGCUACAAUCAAAGCAAUGGAAGACUUUUACCGAGAAAUUUAUGCUGUGAAUGGAAUUACUGACCUUAAGUUUCCUGAACAUUACCCUGUUUCAAGACUCCUAGGCUGCGUUGAGGUAGUUGGCUGUCUGAGAUGUGAAGAACUAGCUCAGUGGGAGGUGUUGCCUGAAGGGGUUAGGCUAGAAGGACAAACUGAUUUUUGCUGGCUCUGUGAACAACCACAGAAAUUGUUGAUUCCAUUUGAGAUGAGAGGGUUUCAAGGUGUUUAUAAUCUAGAGAAGAAGAUAUAUGAGGCUGCUGUCAGAGGCCUUGUCCCAGUGGAAAGUCCAGCACCUGUAAAAUUCCCACUUCCAGAUCCAGGAGAUCCUUUUUCCUUGAAUCCAGGAUCUCUUUCUCUGCACUUUUCUGAUUCUAAAGGAUCUGAAAUUGAGGAAUCAUCCAGUCUUAGUAUGGCAAUUGCCGGGGCACGAGCAGCUGCUACACAGUUCUCAAGGAAGAGCCAAAAUUUCCAGUCAAAUACCAUUCAAAAUAGUAGACCUGUGUUGAGGAGCCAAAUGAGGAGUAAAUCUGCUGAAGAAAAUAUAAUUACUGAGGCUAACUUAACUGAAGAACCAGUGGAGGAGAAUUUAGCAGCCCCUACUGUAGAGCAAAGCAAAUUUAUUAACCAUGAGGGAAGCAGUAGUCAACGGCAUCAGCCUCAUGCAGAUUUAAAACAGCAUGCUGGUGCUCCUUCUAAGAUUUUUGCUGCUGCUUUACGAGGGCUGAAGCCAUCAUGAAUUUCUACUGAUUUUAAAGGUAAGGAACUCUGUGUAUAAAAGUCAGAUUGUAGGAGGCACCUGGCUUUCAAAUUUGCCUGUGGGAAUUCAAGUGCUGCUGUUUUAGCAGAUACAGAAAGUUGGAUCUCCUUGUAUUUUACUUGACAUCUGUACGCCUUGUUUAUUUAGAAUUGACAUGGUAUUAUCUUAUUUAUGGAUGGAGGCAGUAUUACUAUUUUUUUUCGUAUUAAUCUCUCGGUAUCCUAAAAUCACUUUAAGGCUCAACUAAUUUGGAAUCGAGUCAGCUUAAAUCCCAUUAGGGGGAAAGCUCUUCCAAUGUCUGUGUAUCUUCAUGUACAAGACUCGAACUUAAGAUCUUUGCUUAAAGGGAACUGAGUUCUUUUUAGUCGGAUUAAUACGUUGUUAGUUGGAGGUAGUAUUACCAUUACAAGUUGCAGGUGUUCCCCUAAUGGUGUUUAGAUA